AUGAGAUUCUCACAUUUUCUCAAAUACAAUGCCGUUCCAGAAUGGCAAAAUCAUUAUAUGGAUUAUAAUGACCUGAAAAAUAUGAUAUAUACUUUGCAGACUGAUGAAUUGAAAUCAGAAACUGGUGCUGUCUUAGAUGAUACUGUAUCUAAUAAUGAUGAGAAAUUCAACAACCUUGCCAAGAGAUUCAAAGAUGCCUUUAAGAGAGGUAGAGCAAACAGCACGAAAAAUGAUGCUGUUAUGGUAGAAACCGUCGAAUUACAUGACCUCAAUGAAAAUGAAGAUGUCAAGAAAAAAAACUCUUUGAAAAAAAUUCGUGGUAAAUUCUUCGAUUCAAGAAGUUCAUCCAUAUCCAGCGAAAAGACUCUCUUUAAUACUUACGAUUCCUUUGUGAAUAGUUUGACCGAUGAAAAACUGAAAGUUGAUGAUUUUUAUAAGAGAAUGGAAUCAAAAUUUUAUGAAAAGUUCGAAUCUUUGAUUCAAGAUUUGGAAAAGGAAGGUGUUUCCCCUCGUCGUAGUAUCAUCGAUACUAAUGAUAAAAAUACAAUUUCAUCAACGACUAAUGCGUCUGUAAAUGUUUCUGAAUCUAACCAUACUGAAGAAAUAGCCAUUGAAGGUGACGAAGAUGACGAGGAUGACUAUGUCGAUUAUGACGAAUUCGCUGAUACUCCAGAAAACACCGCAUUAUUGAACUACUCUGAAUUCAACGUCAAGUCUCAGAAGAAGUCUAUCUUAAAACAAUCUAUCACCAAUCUUUAUAUUGAUUUGGCACAAUUAAAAUCCUUUAUCGAAUUAAACAAAAUGGGAUUUAGCAAAAUUUGUAAGAAAGCUGACAAAGUUUUAAGAUUGAAUAUCAAAGCUGAAUUGAUUGAAACUGGUGAAUUUUAUAAAGAUUGUUACAUUUUCCAAAAAGAUACUUUCACUAUCCUAAGCAAUAAAAUUUCAAAAUUAAUUGAAUUUUAUGCCAUCAUCACCGACCAUGCUUCCAACAUUACAAUUGCUAAGGAUGAAUUAAAAUCCUCUUUACAUGAUCAUAUUGUUUGGGAAAGAAGCAAUUCAUGGAAAGAUAUGCUAGGUUUAGUCUCAAGAGACGAUGCCAUUGCCACAGAUUUGGACAUGAAUGAUCAUAAUCUCUUGGGCAAAUUACAACUAGAAUAUUUCAUCUAUCCAUUACCCUUUACAAUUAAUUUCGGUUUCACUAAAUACAAUAAUUUAUACAUACCAAAGUUAUUCUUUGGCUGGCAGGCGUUCAAGAUUGCAUUUAUCAUUCUCUGCACUGGUAUCUUGUUGGGUGUCAAAACUUUCAAUGAUCCUGCUCAACAUCGUUGUAUGGCUUUAGUGGAAUGUGUUGCAUUUUUAUGGGCUAGUGAAGCUUUACCUUUACAUAUAACUGCAUUUUUGGUUCCGCUACUUGUUGUUUUAUUUAGGGUUUUAAAAAAUGAUGAUGGAACAAUCAUGCAAGCAAGUACAGCAUCAUCAACCAUUUUAGGUGAUAUGUGGACAUCUACUAUUGUCAUUCUUCUAGCAGGUUUCACUUUAGGUGAAGUGUUGGCACAAUAUAAUAUUGCUAAGGUGGUCGCCUCGUGGUUGUUAGCAGGUGCUGGUACAAAACCAAGAAACGUUUUGCUCGUUGCCAUGGCCGUUGUCUUUUUCCUCUCCAUGUGGAUUUCUAAUGUCGCAGCCCCUGUUCUGACUUACUCUUUACUGCAACCGUUAUUGGAACCACUUGAAAGUGAUUCUCCACUUGGUCAAGCUUUGAUUCUAGGUGUUGCAAUUGCUGCUAACGUUGGUGGUAUGUCAUCUCCAAUUUCUUCUCCUCAAAAUAUUAUUUCAAUGGAUUAUUUGAGUCCUUACGGUAUUGGCUGGGGUCAAUUCUUUGCCGUAGCUCUACCUACAGGUAUUAUUGCUACGUUUUUCUGCUGGAUCUUACUCUGUUUAACCUUCAAAAUCCAUACAACUAAGAUAGAAAAGUUCGUUCCAAUUAGAACAAAAUUCACAUUAAAACAAUAUUUUAUUAUAUUCGUCACAAUUCUUACAAUUAUUUUGUGGUGUGUUGAAUCAAAGCUCCAAAGUAAAUUUGGUUCCUCUGGUCAAAUUGCAAUCAUUCCGAUUGUAGUAUUUUUCGGAACUGGUCUUCUAUCUACUAAAGAUUUCAACUCUUUCCCAUGGUCGAUUGUUUUGUUAGCUAUGGGUGGCACAGCUUUGGGUAGUGCUGUUUCUUCUUCUGGUUUGUUAGCCACAAUUGCAAGAGCCUUGGAACAGAAAGUUGAACAAGAUUCUGUUUUAGCUGUCCUUUGUAUCUUUGGUGUCUUAAUGUUAGUUGUUGGUACUUUUGUUUCCCAUACCGUUUCAGCCAUUAUCAUUAUCCCAUUAGUUCAAGAAGUCGGUGAUAAAUUAUCAGAUCCCAAAGCUGCCCCUAUUCUUGUCUUUGGUUGUGCAUUAUUAGCAUCUGCUGGUAUGGGUCUGGCCUCAUCAGGUUUCCCCAAUGUCACUGCUAUCUCGAUGGUAGAUAAAAAAGGUGAUAGAUAUUUAGAUAUGUUAAAGUUUAUUCUGAGAGGUGUUCCAUGUUCAUUGAUCGUCUUCGUUUGUGUCAUCACAAUUGGUUAUGGUAUCAUGUCAAGUAUUCUUCACGGCGUUUCAACUUGA